AUAGAGAAGUUAAGUGAACGUUAAAGCAACGUUCUCUGAACCAACACGCACAGCCUAAAACAAACGUUCCAUUUCCUUUAAAAAUGCACGAGAGUUCUAUUCUGUUCUGGGAACGGUCUGGGAGCUCAUAAAAGUGUUAGUUGGGCGUGAGUCUGAUAUAUGUGUUUAAUCCCAUUGGGCGCGUGCAAUUAUUAUCGGCAGUGAUCUGGAGCCGCUUAUUAUUUACCGCAGCUGCGUCUGCGUGCGUCUUUACCUUUAAGGACCUGCGACAUUUUUUCCCCCAUACGAACAUCCAGUUUUCUACCGCCGAGAAUCUCUGUGCUGUAGAGCCGGUUUUUAGAGAAGAACGCGCGGAUGGUUUCUUUUAACUGAUCUCGACGUUUAUGCUGUAAUUUGCGUCGGCCGAACUCAAGCGCCGGAGGGGCGCGAGAGGACGACACCGCGCUCGAGAACAUCGCGUGGAGGAGGGGACGAAGACACAGAGGGGGUGUUCACUCAAAAUAUACUAUCCCUUUAAAACAAGGGGGACACGGCGGUGGGGGAGAGAUAGCGGGGCAGAGAAGACGGGAUAAAAAAAGAAAAGGAAGAAAGAGCGAGGGUGGGAGGGUGAGAGUAUUGCAGGAAAAAAAGGAAAAAAAUGUCAUCCUCUCGAUUGAAAUGCCGAGGCGGAGCCGUGGACGACGACCGGUGAAGCGCUCGCCAGACGCGAAUGAGAUUUAACGCAACGCCGAGGCUCGCGCAGAUGCCGCUCGGGGCCUGGAUGAAGAAUCUUAUAAUAAAAUUGGUGGCAUUUUUAUUUUUAACCACGCCAUGCGACCGCUGAGAGCAAAUGAAACAUUAAACUGCCAUUUUAAUUCGAUUAUUUUUUGCAUGAAUUAUCACACAGCGGUCUGAUUAAUAAGAAAACAUUAAAUGCAGAAAUUAAUUUUAGAUUAUAUUUUUAAGCAUUAUAGGCCACUGUUAUGUGACAAUGCGACGUUAAUAACAUACUGUGACUGACAACUCUCAUUAUAUCUCAUUUUUUACUCUUUAGAAAUAAGGUAAAAUAUAUUUAUCAGUGUCAGUGUAAUAUGCAUUCUUUCACUUUUUAAAUUUCACGAACAUGUAAUUUUAUAUUUGGUGGAUUUACAGUUUAAUAAAUACAUUUGAUAGCACAGUGGAAGGAGACGUUCUUUCGCAUAGUUUGUUUUAAAACGGCGUCUGUACUGUUCUGCACUUCAUGAUGGAUGCAGCUUGGAGCAGUUUCCUCUUUCAGACUCCGCCUUCACAGUCCCAAACUGACGCGACCCUCCAAUCAGAUCUUCUACCGGAGCUCACGGAUGCCGCUCAGGACACGCCCCCUGAGCACAUAGCCCCGCCCCCAUCCACGGUGGACACAGCUGCACUGAGCGAGGAGCCCGUACCGGUGAAGCCAGUCACUCGACCAGCCCGACCUGCACACAUCUGCUCCAUAUGUAAUAAGCAGUUUAAGAACAGUUACAACCUGCGGCGUCACCAGUCUGUCCACACUGGUGUGAAGAUGAAGGACAGAGCCGCUAGAGAGAAAAUUGACAGAGCAAAGGCUGGAGCAGGAGUGGAGAGGCAGACCAUCCCCCUUUCUCUCCUCCAGCUGUCUAUACCUGCCUCCAUACCCACAGCAGUCAACCCCAUGGCCCAGCCUUCCCCAAUCAGCAAUCAGCAGGUGGAGACGGUGGCUGUCUCUAUCUCCCCGGCAACAGUCGCCAUGACAGUGAACCAGCCCCUCCCAACUGCAGUGGUGGUUACUGGGACAAUGGUUCAGGCUGCACCAAAUACCAACAUCAAUGAUAACCUAAGCAAUCCCACCCCGAUCCAAAUAUCUAUCCCAAUAACAAACCCAUUACCCAUCAAUCCAACUCCCAACCCUAACCCCAAUCCAGUCAGGAAGAACCAUGCUUGUGAGGCAUGCGGGAAGGCAUUCAGGGACGUGUACCAUCUUAACCGGCAUCGGUUGUCCCAUUCGGAUGAGAAGCCGUACUCCUGUCCAAUCUGCCAGCAGCGGUUUAAGAGAAAGGAUCGGAUGAGUUAUCAUGUUCGGUCACACCAGGGAGGAGUGGAGAAACCAUAUGUGUGUCCGCACUGCGCCAAGGGCUUCUCACGGCCUGACCAUCUUAACAGUCAUGUGCGACAGGUGCACUCCACAGAGAGACCCUUCAAAUGUCCGACAUGCGAAUCCGCGUUCGCUACUAAAGACCGGUUACGAGCUCAUAUGAUCCGACACGAGGACAAGGUUCCCUGCCACAUCUGUGGCAAACUUCUCUCCCCUGCUUACAUCACAGAUCACAUGAGGGUGCAUAACCAAUCACAGCAUCACGUCUGUCACCUCUGCAACCGCAGUUUCACCACACUGACAUACCUGCGAGUCCAUGCUCAGAAGCAUCAUGGGCAGGAGUGGAAGGAGAGUGGGGUCGGCCGUGGCUCAGGCCCAGGUGGGGUGCUGUUAUGCCAGCUGUGUGGGGUACACUGUAAGACACCCACACAGCUUCAGGGUCACAUGGCCACGCACGACAACCAGACGGACCCCAGCGUUCCUUGCCCCAUCAGCAGCAGCAGCAGUUCGGUGGCGACAGUGGGCAUAGCCACUCCUGUUUCCAGCCCUCCAGUCACAGUUGGGCUGCUGGUGACUGACUGCUCCAGCAUUGCUCCUCAGAGCCACAGCUAGCCAACAGCACAGCAUGAGGAGGGAGGGCGGAUGGAAGAAGCAGGGGUUAAUGGGUGGGAGGGGAGACAAAUCUAAGAGGAUGGGCCUAACCUGGACAGGCAGCCAUGGAAAUGCCAACACAUGGAAACCUACUCAUUACCCCACCCUUCUCAUCCACCUCAAAUCUUGCUGGGACUGAGCAAGAACUGAACGACUCUCCUCAAAAUAAGUGUGACUUUUGAAUGAACUCAAGAAACAUCACCCUGUUUCACACGCACAAAUUUUAUGUGCAGGCAGAGCAGCAAGUCUCACUGGAUUGCUUUGAUCCGGUCUGAUAAAUACAGACAGAAAGGGUUUAGAAGAAGAGCCCAGGAAGGUCUGAUGAAUGACUGGUUUGGGUGUCAGUACAUUUCCUUGCAAAGUCCCAUUGGAGAGAUCACUGGUUUUAAAUGUAGGCUGUUAUUAUGUGCUGUCCCAGUUCAUUAUUUAAAAAAAAAUCCAGUGUUGAGGAAUGUAGAACACAGAGAGGAAUUGACACAUUAUGCCUCCCAUCCUUUCCUUAAAUAAUAAUGGCUCAUAUCUACAUGAUCUUAAAGUCUAGAAGAGAUACGUUUAUAAAUGAAUUUACUCUGUUGUAAGAGAUCAGUCCAUCAUAAAUGAUCUUGACAUAAAUGACACCUCCACAGAACUUGGACAUUUGAGGGGAUGAAAUAUAGUGCCAUUUCCUCUCAUUAAUCCCUGCAAAGGAUUGUAAAAGGGUUUAAACAUGGUCACAAGGACAAAGUAUUUAUAUUUGUAAUGUAUGUAGUAUACAUAAGUACUAAAAAAGCAUCAACUGUUCAAUGCCUCCUUUGAUAUUUUUCUCAUUUAUCUUGAUCUCUUUUUUUUAACUAAAGAUGUUAAACAGAUGUAAUAAUGUUGCAUACGAUCUGUAACCUAUGUUUCUAGUUCAAUUUGUGUUGAUGCUUGUUUAACGCCAAUAUGUGUUGGUGUCGCUUUGCUCUUAUCCUAAAUAAUCUCUGUAUUAUGAACAUGCACCUAAUUAUACUGAAUUUAACUAAUGGACCCUUUUCACAAGACAUUUCAAUGGUCAUCAGCAUCAAAAAUCCUCCAAAAAUUUUUAUAUUAUCAUUUUUUUUUUUUUUAAGUGUAUGUACAUUUAUAAGACUAUACUUUGUAUUAUUUCACCUUUGCAUCAAAUUUCGAAAAACUAGUUACUGCUAAUGCGAGGGUGUUUCUAAUACAGCGUCUGUGGGAGGGAUGGUGAAUUUGACCUCGUUCUCUCUUUUGAUUGCCGUUAUCAGUCUCUGUCAAUUUAUUUCCUUUUUUUUGAAAGUCAUGAGAACACUAUAGUGGAGUUUUUCUUUUGCUAUUUGAGCAAAUGGGAAUGCAAAAAAAUAUAUUUGUGGUAGUCUCCCAUUCACCGCUAUAGAAGUUUACCCAACUAUGAUGACUUCCGCUGCUGAGAAACCCAGAAAUGUGGAAAAGGGUCCAUUGCAGUCUCACUUGCUUUUAUGGGAUAUUAUGUGUAAGUGUAAGUUACCUGGUGCUUUUCUGCAAUUGAUUUGAUACAUUACACACAGUUGCUAUAGUGUUAGAAAUUAAAAAGUGAUUCUUUUGAAAAACAGUGA